UUGCUCGAUCGGGCGGUGCGCCAUGUCUGACCAAAACGAGCUGUCGUCAUACUCAUACAUAGGGAGGACCUCACGCCGCUGUUUUACUGUCAACACAAGCUGCGCUAGUCGGCUAGUGGCAGUGGAGCAGUACAUUCCACAACAGUGCCGGCCACCGCUCACCGGGGAAGAGAGAGGAGAGGCAGCCAUGCGGUGCUGCUACGUGGGGAAGGCCACCAAGAUCUUCUUCGCCGUCGUGGCCGCGCUCGCCGUCGUCGGCCUCGUCGCCGCCUUCGCCACCGUCGUCCACCGCGCCAACUCCCGCCGCUCCGACUCCGACUCCGGCCCCGCCUGCGCCGCCCGCCCCGGCGGCUGCCGCCCGGUCCCGCCCGAGCCCGUCGGCGAGCAGCCGUCACUGCCCUCCACCGCAGCCACCGCCACCCCGCCGCCGCCGCCGCAAUAUCCCACCUUUCCUGCCCCGGAGACCGCCUUCCCGCCGCCGCUCGCGCCCCCUCUGCAGCCGCCGCCGGCACCAAUUGCGUCACCCUCGCCGGCCACAUUCCCGUCACCGCCGCCCCCGGACGCGCUGGUGCCGCCGCCGCCAGCAAUCGCGUCACCCUCGCCGGAAUUCGCGUCACAGCCGCCUCCGGUCGCGCUGGUGCCGCCGCCGCCGGCAUUCGCGUCACAGCCGCCGCCGGUCGAGCUGGUGCCGCCGCCGCCGGCGUUGCUGUCUGCUCCGCCACCGGCGGCCCCGGCGGCGCCGAGCCCGUCGGCGUCUUGAUGCAUGUCGCCGGUUCUUGACUACCUUGAUGACUCGAUCUCGGAGCAGAUUCAGGCUGAGGUGUACUGGUUGAUUCAGGUUCAGUUCAGGGCGUGGAAUUCGAUCUUCCUUGCUGGAUUAGAUUCUUCUUCAUACCGAUCCCACAUGUGAAUUUCACCGAUUCGCAUCUUGAUCUUGUAAUUUAGAUUAUUGCUUACUCUCUCCUGACAUUUUUUGUGUUC